AUGCCAUCCAGAGAGUCCUACGAGGUUCACAAGGAAGAGAAGUCCCUGGUGCAAAAGGCCAAGCGAGAGGCCAAUCAGGAGGAUAUUCUGGCUGCAGCCCUGGGGAUGAGGAUGGGGCCACAGAAACCUCCAGCAGCUUUCUGGCAGCCACUCAAACUCUUCGCCUAUUCACAGCUCACCUCACUGGUGCGUAGAGCCACACUGAGGGAGAGCGACCGGACGCCCAGAUCUGAGAAAGUCCACAACUUCAAGGUCCACACCUUCCGAGGGCCUCACUGGUGCGAGCACUGUGCCAGCUUCAUGUGGGGACUGAUGGCCCAGGGGGUCAAAUGUGCCGAUUGUGGUUUGAACGUCCACAAACAAUGCUCCUCUCUGGUCCCCGAUGACUGCAAGCCCGACCUGAGACACAUCCGUAAAGUCUACAGCUGUGACCUAACCACCCUGGUCCAAGCUUAUAACACAACGCGGCCCAUGGUGGUGGACAUGUGCAUACGAGAGAUCGAGUCCAGAGGGCUGAAGUCUGAAGGCCUCUACAGGAUAUCUGGAUUUAGCGAUUCAGUGGAGGAAGUCAAGAUGGCAUUCGACAAAGAUGGCGAGAAGACAGACAUCUCAGUGAACGCCUAUGAAGACAUCAAUAUCAUCACGGGUGCACUCAAACUGUACCUGAGGGAUUUGCCCGUUCCCGUCAUCUCGUACGACGCCUACCCCAGGUUCAUCGAGGCUGCCAAGCUCACAGAUCCAGAAAAGAAGCUGGAGGCUUUCCGCGAGGCUCUGGCUCUGCUGCCGCCAUCCCACAGCGAAACUCUCAAGUACCUCAUGGCACAUUUAAAAAGGGUGACGCAGAACGAGAAAUUCAACCUGAUGAACAAAGAGAACCUGGCCAUCGUUUUCGCGCCCACCCUCAUGUGCGCAGCGGACCUGGACGCCAUCACAGCGCUCAACGACAUCCGCUACCAGAGACAGGUGGUGGAGACGCUCAUUAAGAACGAAGACGUGCUCUUCUGA